CCCGACUUCGUGUCGCAUGCCCUCCGAGGCCCUUGACCUCUUUUCUUUUUCCACUUUCUUAUACUGCCGCGCUUAGCCCUCAGGAGAACACGUCCGUUCCCCUCUCUGCCUCCCAAUCAAAUGUCAGUCCACAUACACGUUCUGCCCGCGACUGCGGAGCCGCCAGGCUACCACAUCGCAUGACACUCGGUCCUACGCAUGCGCUCAUAAAGCUCCGUCUUCCUGUCUGUGCCACCGGACGCGAUUUGAAUUAUCGUGACUUUCCAUCCGGACCAGAGCCCUCAUUGAGCCAACUGUUCCGAUCUUCAUGCUCCCCCUCCCCAGCCCAGUGCCCGCUAUGACAACAUUCCCUUCUAUCCUGUUGCUUCCCGAUUGAAUCCAUCUUUGUUUGGGGAGAGCAUAUAAACACCACCGCAUCGCGAUACCCCUUGCGCAGUCAAUAUCCAUGGGUGUGAAGAUGGCUGAAUGCGAACCUCCUCCAGUCCCAGACUCCUUCUCGAUAUCCGAUUGCUCGACUCUAGUCAGCACGAAAGACCCAUUCGAGCCGCCGUUUCUCCCAUAUUGGGCCCGAUACGAGUCGCAGUGCGCACAGAAUCUAUUAGAUUACUCCGACGAGCCGAUCGAGUACGACCACGACGACGAGGACUACCGCGACAACUGCUUCUUUUUUCCAGAAGACUGUUCGUACACACCACCCAAGGACUGGGUUGAGACGCAUUACAUUUCAGUAGAGGAUACACCCGAGAUCCAGGUGGAGGAAUACACAUCGGCAGACCAGGACACGAACCGUGACACCACCACCGACAUCGACACCGACACCAACAUCAUGAUUCCCGGACUCCCAGAUAUCAAGAUGAUCGACUCGGAGGCAUUGAGCGACCUCCUGGAAGAUAACCUCUCCCCACCAGAGAUCACAACAAUCAUCGUCUUCGCAACAAACGGCGCAGUCUUCGCCUACGGCUCAACCCUCCCCUCCCGCCAACUCCGAAACCUAAGCGCAACCUACGGCGCCGCCUACACAUGCUACGCCAAAACCGCCUCAACAGGCAACCUGACAGGCGUGAACCCAGCCAGCCACCCAUCCUCCUACGUAACAGCAAAGUCAAUGUCCCUAGGUGACGUAGGCUCAAUCGUCUUCGAACUCGACGAUUCCGUAGCGGUGGUAACGCGCAUCGCCGACAAAGUCCUCAUCGCCGCCGUAGGCCCAUCCAAAUCCAAUCCCGGCGAAGAGAACGAUACACCAGCCACAGCCAACACAGACAACACCCUGAUAGCCGAAAAUGGCACUCAACCCGCCGAUCUGGCGAAUGGGAUUGGAAGUGGUACUAUCUCACCGGAAGGAUCGCAGGACGGUCAACGGACUCCAACUGCACCGGCGCCGACCUCACCAAAUCCACCGACGCAAAACGGCCAUCUAGAUGCUCAACAUGAAAUCAAUCGUAGUAUUGAUCUGGAGCGGUUGUCUAGUUUGAAUUUAUCCGCUUCGCCCGCUGUCUUGUUAGCGCUUGAAUCCAAGUGUGCUGCGCUGGCGAGGUUCCUCGGGCAGAAGCUGGAUGAUUUGGAGAGUCCGGAGGAUUUCUGAGUUGUGUCUUGUGCAAGUAAUAUCAGUUUAUUACUUGUGAACUGUCCUUUGGGUGGAUUCGUGUGUUUGUUUCCAUGAGAUAUGAUAUAAUUGGAUGUUCAUAACUGCUUUGUUCUGUUCUGCUCUCUGGAUUUGAUGGUUGGUCUGAAUGAUGUGAAUCGGUUUAGCGUUUGACGUUUUGUUGCAUAUCCAUUUGAAU